AUGGGCGAUUCGGAAAAUUGGGAUAAGAGGGAGGCAAACCAAAGCGUCCGCGGGGGGGGCGAGGUGAAUAGCGGCAGUGACGAGCGCGUCACUAGGGAUGAGCUUGCAACUAGGAAUGAGAUAGCCACACGGGACGGUCUCGCAACACGGGACGGUCUCGCAACACGGGACGGUCUCGCAACACGGGACGGUCUCGCAACGCGGGACGAAAGCUCCGCGGGAGACGCCAAGAAGAAGACCGCGUCCCAAUUCAGCAUCCUGGAGCAGCUGUCCAUGCUAAACAAAAAGAGAAAAAGGUUGUCCAGGGAGAAGGAUGGGUGGGAGGUAAUAUCUAACAUCUCAAAAUAUUCAUCAGACCAUAACAAAGAAACGGAAAAAAAAAAGAUACUGAUCUGUUUGGGUAAUAACAAUUUUGGCCAGCUAGGGUUCCAAGAAAACGUCAAAAUUGGCAUAGUGGAUUUCUCCACGGUCCUAAUUAGUAAGAGAUACCCCGCGAGUGAGAGGAGUCGUCGGGGAGGCCUCCAAACAGGUGGAGAUGAAACGAUUGGCUGUGAAACGAUUGGCUGUGAAACGGUUGGCGGUGAAACGGUUGGCGGUGAAACGGUUGGCGGUGAAACGAUUGGUGGGGCAGAUGGUGGAUGCGAAGAUGGUGGCAGCGAAACAAUUGUGGAAAAAGCCCGUGGGGGGGAAGCGAAGGGGACCCCGGAAAGGCGCAAAAGGUACAACGACCUCGCCAGGGAAAUCAAGCGGAGGAACAAUAACUCCUCGUUUUACAACAGCCAAUGGAAUAACACCCUGAGCAAAAACGAAAUAUACAACGACAUCCUGACGAGACUCCCGAACGACUUUAACAUCUCCACUAUUAAGAAAAUCAAAAAUGAUGAGCAUGUUGGGAAGAACAUGAGAAAAGGGAACGUGCAUGACUUGAUAGGAAAGAGACUCACGACGAGCGGCAGUGGAAGGAAGCACAGAAGCAUCACUAGGGAGGAAGUGAACAAUAAAAAUGUGCAAAAUGGCAAGCGUAUCGUAAAGGAGGAACAACAUGGGCAGUUACUCUUGCAUAGGAAAAAGGACAGCAUCGGCAGUAGGAGGACAGACAUCGACAGUAGGAGGACGGGGAGCGCCCGAGUCAACCUCAGCAGAGGCACGAACUACCUCACGAGGAACAGAUACGAGGAAGGGGCAAUGGAAAAGAAGAAGAAGAGGUUCUUUUCUGAAAAUGAAAAGGACAAAGAUAAGGACUACCAAAGGAGGAUCCAUCAGUAUAGCGAUUUUUUCAAAACGAGUGUAGAUGUGGUGGGAGGGAGUGGCGGCAUUUCUGUUCUGGGAGGAGUCCGCCAAAGCAGCCAAGCAGAGAUCCAGCGAAAGGCGGACAUGCUAAAACAAGGCGAGAUGUGCAAUAAUGUGGAGAUGCGAAAUCUAGUGGAGAUGCGAAACCAAGCGGAGAUGCGAAACCAAGUGGACACGAGCAACAGCCCCAACAGCAACAGGCACUUGGCGUAUGGAGCGAACCAGCAGGGGGAGGACUACCUGGACUUUAACCCAGAGAUUAUAAACUGCGGGAAGUACCACUCCGGGGUGGUUAGCAAAAAUGGGUUCGUCUGCCUGUGGGGGCUGAACUGCUACGGACAACUCGGGGUGAAUCCGAAUAAGUCAGUCUACACGUGUUAUCGAAAGACCAAAUUGGACAUGUUGAAAAGGACUCUCGAAGAUGAAGACAAUGAGAAGAAGGAGAGAAUAAAAAAGGAAAGAAAAUCCCCCGAAAAGAGGACCAUAUUCUCCCCUAUGAAGACAGAAAAAACGGUGCUAUGUCCGUAUAUCCAUAAAUUAGUACCACUGAAACAUUUCGGACAUAAGCAUAAAGUGAAAGACAUAAGCUUAGGGUCAUUCCACACGUUACUACUAACAUAUGACGGAUUCGUUUUUACUUUCGGAUGCAACAAAAAGGCACAGUUAGGGUUGCCGAAUGGAUACCAUAGGAAAGUAUCUCACACUAGCAGGCCGUUCCUGCUGCCAUUGGUGGUUGUAGAACGAGGGAUGCAGAACAGCUGCCCACGUUAUGGACGAACGAAUACAUUUUUCUUCUCAUCAAAAAAGACCUAUGCUAAUAUCGCACACCCAAUUAUUUCCAUUACCUGUGGGGCAUACAACAGUGCCGUUAUCGAUGCAAAUAGGAAGCUGUGGAUUUGGGGCUGGAACAAGUUUGGACAGAUAGACAACUCUUAUGCUGUUGAGAAGGUGAAGAAGAAGGAGAGGGGGGAAGGGGCACAGGUGUGUAAGACGUGCAGUGGGGGGAGGAUACACAUGGGAAUGAUGAGCUUGAAAAGGAUAAGCGAAAUGGUACAGAAGGGGGGAGAACACAUAAAAAGAAAACUCACAUCCAAGGAGAGGUUACACGCGCUAGAUGAAGACGGGCAUAGGGACAAACAUGGGAAAUAUAAAAAAAGCAACAAAUUUGUGAACAUCCCCAGAAAUGUAAAAAUAAAAAAUAAGAGUGUCCUUCAAGUGAGUUUGGGUAGCGAGUACUACAGGAACAUCACCAGCGUGACAAAGAUAACCUGUUUGAGCAACUUGUACAUCUCGAGCAUUACCUCCUCCAGCACACACACGGCAUUCGUUGCGCCCAUUACCUACAUCGAUGAGAAAAGUGUGGAGUCGCAGGGGGGACCCACCAGUGGGACCCCUACAGGAGGGGGAAAAGUGGGAGACAAGUUCAGGUACAACAUUCUUGUGAAAAAUGAAAGUUCCCAUUUGUUGAAAUAUUAUUCUGAGCAGGUCAUAACGAGAGGAGGAGACAACGUUUUUUACGUCAAAUACGCAGACCUCAUUCGCUUGAUUAGUAGACCAUCCCAAGCAGGGGAAAGUCACAUUGCAGGUCAGGGCACCCAUCCAAGGGAGAAUGUCUACCUCAUAAAUAACUCCCUCCACGUCAGUAAUGUUAACUGCAAGCAGACGAGCAUCCCAAUCUGCCUGCACAAGAACAAGCUAAUAAAUGAGGUCCUGCUACGCAAUAAAAAACACAACUUUUUAAAUAUAUCAAGGAGGAAGAAGUACUCGGAUCAGAUUAGCUACAACAACAAGCUGCUAAACUUGAAGAAGCUGCAUGGAAAGAUAAAAAAAAGUGUCACUAACUGUAGUUUACUCUAUAAUGAUAUAGACCAGCAGAGGUUUUCCCUCAUCCUGGAUGCCCCUGGUGCUAAUAGAAGCUCUCUAGCAGCGUACAAGCUGAAUUCGCUGAACUGUGGCACAUCCAGCAGCAGGAACAGAAAGUCCAUCACGUAUGUACAAUCGUCGAGCGACCGGGCUAGUAGCAACAGCAACAACAUUUUCCACUUCAACUUGGGGCAGAGGAGGGACACGGCUGCGCGGGGCAGUGGGGGCAAGGGCACCUCCUCGGAGGAUCGCUUUUCCGGCGACCGGGAUGGAAGCAACCGGGAUGGCAUCAACCGGGAUGGCAGCAACCGGGAUGGAAGCAACCGGGAUGGCAUCAACCGGGAUGGCAGCAACCGGGAUGGCAGCAAUCACGAAGAGAGCAACCGCGAAGAUAGCAACCGCGAAGAUAGCAACCGCGAAGAUAGCAACAACGUUAGCAGUAACCAAGUUAGCAGCAACUGCGCCGGUGGCAACCGAGGCGACCCCUGCGAACGGGACUCCUUCCACACAACGCCCCAACACUCGCAGAGCUCGCGACAGACUUACUCCUCCAUGGCGCCAGCCAACCUGAGCAGACACGCAGACACAGACGCAGUCCGAGACCCAGGCACAGACUCAAACGGGUCGGAGGUACGCAACCAAGAGGGAGCCCCUGGAGGGGAAAAUAAAGAGGAGAAAGCAGGUACCCCUCUCUUAUGCAAGGAACAGAAGGAUAAUUUGUUCAGUUCAUCGAAUGAGGGAGACCUGAAGGGGGAACAUAAUUCGAAAAGCGGAGCUCAUUUAGGAAUGUCAAAUAAAGAAUCACAUCUGUGCGAAGAACCUUGGGAGUACUACCCCAAUGAUAAAAAAAAACAAGUAAGCAAUGCGUGGGGCACACCGGGAGAGCAACUAGACCAUUCGAAAAGCACACAAAAUGAUGGAAAAAGUUUUUCACACAAAAGCAGCAGCAGAAGUAGUAGCUGCAAUAACAACCUUGCGAGUGGCCAAGAAGUGGAAGGAGGUAACAACGCCGUGAUAGGUUCUUCUUCCAUCGUGAGAAGGACAAAAAAGGCUGAGGUGUGCAGGGAGCACACGGAUGGGAAGAAUAACGGAAAGGGGGGCGAACAGGAAGGCGGAAAGGGAGGCGGAAAGGGAGGCGGAAAGGAAAUCGGAAAGGACCUCGAAAAGGAUGCCAAAAAGGAUGUCAAAAAGGACCUCGAAAAGGACGUCGAAAGGGAGAGCUACCCCCCCGCGAAGGAAAGGCGCAAAAGCUCUACAUGCGUAAAUAAAAAAAAACUCUUCAGAAAUAUGAUACUUCAAGCUAUCGAUAACAUAAAUGAAAAUUUUUUAAAUCAAAAAAAUGGAAAGGGCAGAUUGCUUGAUUGCGAACAAGUUAAAUUAAAAUUUAAAGUUUUUAAAAAAAGGAGGUCUUGCCUCUGGAAUUAUUUCACGUAUCAUCAUACGAAGCGGAAGUAUCCCUUGGGGGUUAACUUGUCUGAAAAUAUUGUCAACAUAACGCUGCUCGAUGUAGCAUGUGGGGAUUACCACUCACUGAUUUUGCUGGAGGUGGAUACGUUGACGUGA